CAGUCUCCUGCUGGAGAAGGGCGCCAAUACUUAAAUCAAGUGGUAUCUUGGCAGAACUCCAUUACUCAUAGCCGUUGAAAAUCGGAAUGACGCAAUGGUAAGGCUGUUGCUGAAGAGGAACCCCAAUAUAGAGGCAAGAGAUUCGGAAGGCCUGACUGCGCUCUCAUUAGCCUCUUGGAGCUGUGAUGAGGCGGUGGUAAAACGUCUGCUGAAGAGGAAUGCCAAUAUAAAGUCGAAGUGCGAUAGGGGCUUUACUGCGUCUUAUUUAGCAGCUCACGGUGGUCAUAAAGCUGUGGCAGAUCUUCUCAAAGAGGCAGGAGCAUCAUAGGUUGUUUUACGAUUGUAUGCAAUUAUAUAGGACAAAACAUGAAUCCCCCGACCAUAUUUCAAUGAGAUAUGCGCCAUCCAGCAUAGCCUAUAAUUCCAAGUGCAGUCACAGCCAGCGCUCCCACUUUCAAUGCAGCUCGUUGGACUCUGGGCUUCAG